AGAAGACCCGGUCGAGCGCGAGGAGGGAGAGAGAGAGGGAGAGAGAGAGUGAGAGAGAGAGAGAGCUCGAGAGUGAACGAGAGGAGAGAGAGCGACGACCAUCAGGGUCCGUGUGCCUGAGGGACGGACGACACGGAGAGGGGGAGGACUGAGCGAGCGAGCGAUCGUCCGAACGACCCGCGGACAGAUUGAAUGACGCUGCACCUGGUGCUUCUGAGGGCCUUUCCCAUGUUUUGAUUUGCACCAUUUUUUUACUUUCUAAACUUGGUUUCACCGAGCCGCUCCCUGCCAUGCCGUCCAACAGUCCUGCUGCCGCCGAACCGCCCCAGACCCCUGAGAACGACACCGCCAACGAUGUGAGUGAAGAUGGAGCAGACCAGGACAGUCCAGAGGAGGGGACGCCAGCGAGCCCCCGCAACAAGCGCAGAGUGGGUCGUCCUGGCAGGAAACGCAAACAGCUGCUUCCUGAGAUGGCGACCUCUGACCCCUGCGCAAACGCCCCCCCAACUCCGCCUGAGGAGCCGGAGCCCUCCCCCUCCCCUCGCAAGAGGCGUGGGCGUCGGAAACUAGACCAAACGGCAAAGAAUAAGGACGAGCCAGACGACAGAAACUGCGACUCCCCCAGAGAGGGCGAGACUGGGAGGCUGCGGAGGAGGCCAGUCCCCAGAGUGACUUUCCAGGCUGGAGAUCCGUACUACAUCAGCAGGAGACAGAGGGAAGAAUGGCUCAGCCGCUGGAAGAUGGAGGCAGAGCGGCGGGCGUACAGAGAGGCAGAGAUGAACAUGAUGGACGACCUAUCAGAGGGAGACUCUCCUAAAGAUGAGGAGCCAGCCAGCCCAGCCCCUCCCCCUUCACAACAACACACAGACCCCGCCUCCCCAACAGUCGCCGUGACACCGGAGCCGGUUGCCAGGGGAGAACAGGCCACACCCAGGGAGAUGGAGUACCAGGACGGCAGGGGUUUUGGCAUCGGCACGCUGGUGUUUGGGAAGCUGCGAGGCUUCUCCUGGUGGCCCGGCCGGAUCGUUUCCUGGUGGAUGAGCGGCCGAAGUCGAGCUGCAGAUGGCACCCGCUGGGUGAUGUGGUUUGGAGACGGCAAGUUCUCUGUGCAGAGACACAUCAGAUGCUCAGAAAGGGGAUCCAAAGUCCUCCCACAACGAGUUUGUGUGGAGAAGCUGAUGCCUCUGAGCUCUUUCUCAUCUGCCUUCCACCAGCCCACCUACAACAAACAGUCCAUGUACCGGAAAGCCAUCUUUGAGGCUCUGCAGGUCGCCAGCGUACGGGCGGGGAGGCCAGUUCCUUCCUGUGAUGCGAGCGAUGACGCAGACGGGGUGGAGAUUCAAACCACUCAGAUGAUCGAAUGGGCCAUGACCGGCUUUCUACCCAGUGGUCCGCAAUCACUGGACCCUCCAGAGGGCGAGCAGAAUCCAUAUAAGGAAGUGUACCCGGAGAUGUGGGCCGAACCUGAGGCGGCGUACACGCCUCCACCUGCCAAGAAACCGCGCAAGAACGCAGCUGAAAAAGCAAAGAUCAGAGAGGUGAUCGACGAAGGGACCAGAGAGAGGCUCAUAUUUGAGAUCAAAAAGAAGACCAGGAACAUAGAAGAUAUCUGCAUCUCCUGUGGAAGCCUCAACGUCUCUCUGGAGCAUCCUCUCUUCGUAGGAGCAAUGUGCCAGGGCUGCAAGAACUCGUUCCUGGAGUGUGCCUACCAGUACGACGACGACGGCUACCAGUCCUACUGCACCAUCUGCUGUGGAGGCAGGGAAGUGCUCAUGUGUGGCAACAACAACUGCUGUAGGUGUUUCUGUGUGGAGUGCGUGGAUCUGUUGGUAGGAGCCGGCUCGGCGGCGGCGGCCAUCAAAGAAGACCCCUGGAACUGCUACAUGUGCGGCCCCCGGAACACCUACGGGUUGCUGCGACGGCGGGACGACUGGCCCUGCAGACUACAGCACUUCUUCGCCAACAACCACGAACAGGAAUUCGAGCCAGCCAAGUUGUAUCCUCCAGUCGCAGCAGAGAAGAGGAAACCAAUCAGAGUUCUCUCCCUGUUUGACGGCAUUGCCACAGGUCUGUUGGUGCUGAAGGAUUUGGGCAUCCAGGUUGACAAAUACGUGGCAUCAGAGGUGUGUGAGGACUCCAUCACUGUCGGCAUGGUUCGACACCACGGCCGCAUCAUGUACGUGGGCGACGUACGCAACGUAACACACAAACAUAUCGAAGAGUGGGGACCAUUUGAUCUGGUGAUAGGAGGAAGCCCCUGCAACGACCUCUCCAUAGUCAACCCUGCAAGAAAAGGCCUUUACGAGGGAACCGGCCGGUUGUUUUUCGAGUUUUACCGUCUGCUGCACGAGGCUCGACCUAAGCCGGGCGACGAGCGGCCGUUCUUCUGGCUGUUUGAGAACGUGGUCGCUAUGGGAGUUAGUGACAAACGGGACAUCUCCCGCUUUUUAGAGUGUAACCCAGUGAUGAUCGAUGCCAAGGAGGUCUCUGCUGCCCACCGCGCUCGCUAUUUCUGGGGCAACCUGCCAGGCAUGUCCAGACCUCUGAGUCCCAUGACGAACGACAAGCUGGACCUACAGGAGUGCCUCGAGCACGGACGCACAGCCAAGUUUGAGAAGUUGCGUACGAUAACGACACGCUCCAACUCUGUGAAGCAGGGGAAAGACGAGCAUUUCCCCGUCUUCAUGGACAACAAGGAGGACAUCCUCUGGUGUACCGAGAUGGAAAGGGUGUUUGGCUUCCCCGUCCACUACACCGACGUGUCCAACAUGAGUCGUCUGGCCAGGCAAAGGCUGCUGGGACGUUCCUGGAGCGUCCCCGUCAUCAGGCACCUCUUCGCCCCGCUGAAGGAGUACUUCGCCUGCAACUAGUCACACACACCACCAACUCUCUCUCUCUGUCACACACACACACACACACACACACAUACUGUACACGCAUAAACAGAACAUGAUGACAGACACACACAGAUAACUACACACAGUACACAGCUAGUACAUGAAGGUUGGAUGACACAGAUGACCGGACAACACACGCACACACAUACACACACACUGUAAAGGACUGCUUCCCCAGAUCCCAUGUAGACCACUGGCUGAACUUAGUCCCCUGGUGCUACCGUGCUGAUUACACACACACACACACACACACACACACACACAUACACAGUGGUGAAGGGUCUCUGUACUGUAUUUGUUCACACACAACUUCCUGUCCGACCUUGAAACUGGUGUCUUCUGGCUUUACUGUGUCAUAGCAGCUGGAGUUCAAAUCCUCCAGGGGGCGCAACACUGACAAAGAAGCUCCAACUUUCUGUUUUUAAGAGCUCUCUGAAUACAUCAACACACCAAUGAAUCCCUCUGAACCGUAACACUUAACUGUAUUCAUACGUAGGGACAGUGCCGCUGGUGUAUUACAGUGCAAUGAACACACACACACACACACACACACGCACACACACACCCCAGUUAAUGCUCGUGGUGCUGGUCAGUCAGUGACAGAGUCCAAAUGGUGCCACUUUAAUACACUUUUAAAGUUUUUGGUGCUCUUGGAGACUGAACGGUCUCUGGUUGUUUCAGUCGCUACAGGUUUGCAUCUCUAAUCGAGUUCAAACAAAUGCUUAGGAGCAGGUGGAGGCAACGCCAGGCAACACAGGUGAAUUUAGUGAGGGUGUGCAAAGAGGGCGUCCGAAAGAAAAAAAAGGCACCUGCGUUCAGAUAGAAUCACGUGAAGCCUUUUUUAACACAACUACAACUGAAUCAGACUGUAAAAGCUGCUCUGGAGGUACAAAUCAUUUUAGCAGUUGAGUUAAACCUCAGUGGGCCGAGCCAAAAGCACGUUUUUUGUGAGGGAGGGGCAAAGUAACACCCAAAAAGGUCCUCAUCUUACACUGAGGCAGACCAUUUUUGGCUGAAAUGAUGUCAGUGAUGCCCCGUAAUAUGAAAUACUGAAAUAAAAGAGUGACUUUUUGGAGAUGCCACAGAAGUCUGGGCUUAUUUUUUUCCUUGGUUCAUGUUUGUUACCCUGCCUCUGCUUAGUGCCUGUUGUUUAUGGAGUCUCCAUUAGCUUCCAAUAAUAGCAUUGCUAGUCUUUGGGCUCUUAAAUACUCAGACAUAUAUGCAUGGGACAAAAUCACACAUUGGCACAAGAGGAAUAUGAAUAUAUAUAUAUAUUCAUCAUAAUGGAAAAACCUUGCAAGUGUCAACUUCAGGGUUUGGAGCGCCCUCUAGUGGGCAAACCGGGAGAAAGAGCGUGCACAACAAGGACACACACUCAUGUUGAGGUAAAACAAUCCUUUGUGUUCCACAGAGUUAGUGUUAGUAGUCACUGGAUAAGAAAAAUUGAAUAGAGAGAAGAGAGAAUAAAGUCAGCUUUAUACUCAGUACCUAGUCAUCCUCAGACCGUUCUCACAUAUAUGAAAAAUAUAGAAUAUUGCUGCAUGGCUCUUAGUUGUCAGGACCUACAUCCACUAUUAGGUUUCCGUACAACAAGCACUUAAACACAUAUGCUGUUUUUAUUAUUUCUUGGUGGUUUUUGCAGUAUUUUAGGCAGUGAUUGUACAUCUAGGUUACGCUAAUGCUUUGGUGAAUAUGCUGUGAUAUACUGUACACUAGUAGCAUUUUAGGAAUUGGUUCAUUUCCUCAUGCUGAUAUGCAAUACCUCCUCAGUAACAUGCGUAAAAGUGCUCUUGUAGUGCAUUUAAUACUGUUAGGUGUUGCUUAAAUGACUGUGAUGUUGAUCUUAAUGGUGCAAAAUUGGAAUAGUACUGUCUGUCACUUUAAUACUUAUGUCACUUGCCUGAUAGAUAGAUGUCAUAAUACUGUACCAAACCUCAGUGAAAAAGGACACUAUUUAAGCCUGCAGUGGUCGUUAUGUCGAUGUACUUUCUGUUCAAAUAAUGCUUAAACAAAGUCCAGAAAAGCAGUUAUACUGUGAAAUGACGAUAUAAGGUAGUCUUUCUAUGUAGCUUGGUUAACUUUGGUGUGGCUCAGUUUGUUUUUACCCAUCAUGAGAGUGGCUUUCAUUAUGUGUGAUGCACUAUGCACAGUCUCUAUAGCUACCUGGGAAAGGCAGUCAGAGACCUGCCAAGAUCAUGAACGCCAGCCAACAUCAGUUUGUGGCCUAUUCGAAGGGAUUGGAGAUGACAGCUUCAUUUUCUAUAACCAAAUACAUGCCCUUUUAUUUUAUUGGUUUUGUUUUGAAAACAUCUUGAAUAUGUCCACCACCUUCCUGUCCCUCAAACACCACUGAAGUGCCCAUUUGCUCAUACCCAUGUCUGUAUUAUUUCCAACAAGCAGAGGGAUGAUGCUUGAGCUCCCAACAGGUUUUAAUUCAUCCAGUGAGAUUAUUUCUGCCUCCAGAGCAGCACUGCCUCUGACAAACAUUAAACUGAAACACCAAUGGACUUGCUAGGAGUUCAGUGUCUUGCUCACAGCAGCUUUUAAAGUCAAAGGAAGUCAGUGGGGGAUUAAACCUGAAAUGUUUCAGUUACAAUUCAGCUUCUCUGGUGUCUCUGUCUCAAUGUUGCCAUUUUUCAUCUGGAGGAAAAGUGAAGUAGUCACAAUCCACCAGCCCUCGCCGUUACGCUCCUACUUUGCUUCAUAGGGAUCCAAAAUGUCCUCCAGUUAUCACAGCGACAUCCACUGAAACCAGAUGCAGACCUUUAAUCUAGACACUAUGCUGGUUUUCUACUUCCUACAACUGAAACAGAUAGCCCUGUAUAAAUAAUAAAUACUUCUUAUAUCACACAGAUACAGUUGUACCACCUGUCGUAGGUGUGUCUUCUGCCUUUUACCCAGUGCAUGCUGGGAUCAACUCAGCCGCUCUGUGACCUUGAAUGGGAAUAAGCAAGUGAACAAUGUGGCUUGUAAUCAAUUAGAUGUUCCCGAGACUCUAGGCAGUGUGUGUGUGUGUGCUGGUGUUUUUAUUUACACAGGGCUCUCGUUAGAGAAAACAUCUCGUUCAGUCUGGUGCUCUUGGUCCUCAGAUGACCAUCUUUUUCCAGGAAGCCUUCCGAUCCUCUGACCUUCCUCAGAUACCAGCUAACAACUGGACACAGUCUGUGCUGACACACACAAACACACACACAUAUAUAUACACACACACAUACACACAUGCACAAACAGCAACAAAAACCAACAAUAAACCAGCAGGUUUCAAAGUUUUUUCCAUCAUGUUUACUCUCUGUUUAUACAACCAACCUUCAGGUGCUUUUUAAACUAACUCUGCUCUUUUUUACAGUGCUCUUUGCAGGUUACACACACACACAAACACACACACACACACACACACUUGCUGGAAACACAGUGCAAAGGCUUCUCCAAACUCCUUUCUCUACAAAACACAUCAUAAAUCCACAUACAUGCAUACACACUGUGUUUUUGCCGGCCGCCUGUUGCCAUCAGGCUUUCCACGGCGCCUUCGGGUGUGACACCGUCACCCUGCGUCGCUUGGUGCUCCCAAACUCCCCCUCCCACCCCCGACCCCCAGGUGCUGCAUGUCAGUCAGUCAGUGUAAUCUCCGAUUCCAUGUUAGAUUAGGGAGUAAUGAUCAUAAUAAUAAUGGUAAUAAUAAUAAUUACAAUAAUAAUCUGUUAUUGUGUGUGUGUACUGUUCCAGGUUGGUGCUCAGUUCAGUUCAGUCUCAGCCUAGAGGGAGAGAGAGAGGCUAGAGAAAGCAUAUAUUACAGUUAGUAUAGUGACUUGUUCUAUUGUAUCCAAGGAUGCCAGAAGAAAUUGUUGAACCGAUGAGCUAAAAGGACACUCUCAAACAAGAGCGAGUUGAAAUAACACCAAACAUAGAGCUGCAAGAAAAAAAAGCCAGAAUUCAUGACCAAUAAUCAGGGAUCGCGUCAGGGCCUCAUGACCGCAAAAUCAUCAAUAAAACCAGAAAGAAGAAAGAAAAGGCGCCUGCCACACGAAAUUCACAUUUUCUGAUUUCUUGGGAAAUGUUGGGUAGUUUUAUUUAAGGCUGCAGGUAACGAUUAUUUUAAAAAUUUGGUUUAAAAAAAUGACAGGAAGUCGUGUCAGAUCCUUAUCACUUCCCUCAAGUUUCAGUUCAGUUUACUAUCACAGAAGACUCAUCCGGGUUGUUCAUCGACAUACACAACCUGUGACGAGGGCUUACAACCAGCUUCAUUUCAAAGACUCACAGGCAUGAAAAGCUGGAAACCGCUGGUUCAGAACGUGGGCAGAGUUUCAGCUCUUGUCGUCAGGCGGUGUUAUUUCAACGUCUACCUGUUUGAGAGAGCAGUCGGACAAAAGCGAGAGGGAUGGAGUUGAUAUUUUUAAGUGAUGGGUGACGCGGUGAUGAUGUUUCUGUUCGCCUGUCGACAGCUUUUAGGCUGAGUGACGCGUUGUUUUCAACACUGAUACACUUAUUAACACAUACACCCAAAACAAUGUUAUAAACACACAGAGCGAACGCCGCUCAGACGCAGAGAUACAUGCACAACACCUACAGAUACAAUGCUGUGGCGCAUUCAGACACUCAUCUCAUGGACUAAAUGAAAGAUGAGCUUUUAGGAAAAGGAGGAGGUGUUUCAAAAGGUGCUAAAAUUUUAUCUGAAAAUAAGAAAAAUAUAUUGUUAGGAAUAUAAAUCAAUUUGUCUUUACAAUGACUGUAUUUAAGUUUGUCGUAGUAAUGAAAAGGCACUAUUAUUAUUUUACUCUUGUAUGAAUAUGAACUAAUUAAAAAGGCAUUUUAACUUUGUACUUGAACAAUGUAAGAAAUGAAACGUGAAUAAAAAAAGACUGUUUCUUGUGA